GUUACCAUACAUAUCCCCAUGGUUACAUCUAUAAUAAUACACACAAUUGUCAAGCUUCAACACUCAACACAAUUCUUCACAUCAAUGUUCCUCCAGUUAUUAAACCUAUUAGAUGCAUUUUCUUUAGUGGGAUAGGAAAUUCGGUUUCCCCAUCAUGUCGGUAUUCGAACAAAUCCGACCGUUCGUUAAUCUCUGUCAAGCGUGCGGGAUGAUUCCUUACGCGAUAGAAAACAAUUUAAUGACCAACAAAUUUAACAAAUUCACUUUCUCUUUCAAGCAUCGUGUCGCCAGGUGGUUCCUAUUUAUUUUGGCUUUACAAAUCGCCAUUGUUUGCUUCGCGAGGUACUUCUCAGUCAGUAAACAGGACGACAUAUCAACCGAUCAAAGUUUACCCAUCACCAUUAAAAUUCUGUCCGCGGUCAAUUCAAUUUCCUCACUGGUACAAUUAUUAUUUUCCCGCUGGAUCGUGUUGCGCUACCGUCGGCUGCAGAGGGCAAUCGAAGCCGUCCAAGAAGUCGAGAGGCUUUUCGGAAAGGAAUUCAUGGCGCAGCACAAGAGCUCGCUCAAGACCCGAAUUAUUAUCGGCUUUAUACUUAUCCUCAUGACAAUUGUAAGCGGGGCGCUCGCAGUGAUGCCACUAGUACCAUCCUGGGUUCUAGAGAAUCCGACGGCUUUAUUAGGAACGGCUGCAAUACUCCUGAUUCUGAUGAUGACCGCGACGAUAUUUGAAUGCAUUUUCUUAUUCAUACACAUCUGCAAUUACAUAAUCUCACAUUACAUGCAAAUGGUUUUGUUGGAUACUGAAGCGGAUCGUUAUGAUGGACAUUUGAACUGGUAA